AUGGCCACGAUAGUACCCCCUCCCAGUAAACGGCAAAAACUGGCGGCGAUUGAUAAAGCAGAAAGAGCCGCUGAAGACGCGCGAAUUCCCGACGAUUUGGGCAAUGUCCGAGUCCAGUUUAUCGACCAGAGUACGGGCAAACCAGCAGGGCCGGUAGUGGCCGUCCCUGUCAAAGAUGCCACUGUCAAGAAUCUGGAGACAUUGUUGAAUUCGAUACAAGGAAACGAGCCGGGAGAACGACUGCCAUACCGCUUCUUCUUUCGCAAUGAUCGAGCCUCAACAGAUUCGGGCGCGGAAGUACACGAUGUCGAGUCAGAUAUCUAUCACUCAGUACUGCGGCCUGGUUUCAAAACCACCGAAGACAACAUCAUUCUCCAGUUCAUUCCACAAGCCGUCUUCCGAGUGCGUGCAGUUACAAGAUGUUCGGCCUCGAUAUCAGGUCAUGGGGAAGCAAUCCUAGCUACGGCAUUCUCGCCUGAGUCGUCGUCUAGAAUGGCCACCGGAAGUGGAGAUAACACCGUAAGAAUAUGGGACUGUGACACCGGAACUCCCCUGCAUACAUUAAAAGGACAUACAAGCUGGGUUCUAGCAGUUGCCUGGUCACCGGACGGGCGGAUACUAGCAACUGGUAGCAUGGACAACACAGUAAGACUCUGGGAUCCUAAGAGUGGCGAGGCUCUUGGAGGGCCACUAAAGGGCCAUACGAAAUGGAUUACAAGUCUGUCAUGGGAACCAUACCACAAUCAAGCACCAGGAAAACCCCGCCUUGCCUCCGCUUCGAAGGACGGCACUGUUCGAAUCUGGGACGUCCCUCUACGGAGGAUAGAAGAGACACUAUCCGGCCACAAAAGCUCCGUGACUUGCGUACGCUGGGGUGGCUUCAACCGAAUAUUCACGGCCUCACAAGACAAAACCAUCAAGAUCUGGAACACCAAAACCUGGAACUGCCUACACACUCUCUCUAGCCACACCCACUGGGUCAACCAUCUCGCUCUAUCAACCGACUUCGCCCUCCGCACCUCCUACCACGACCACACGGGGAAAGUCCCGUCAACCACGGAAGAAAAGAUCCAGAAAGCAAAAACCCGCUUCGAAUCCGCCGCACGCCACGAAGGCCAACUGGUGGAGAAACUCCUCUCCGCCUCCGACGACAACACAAUCUUCCUAUGGAACCCCACAUCAAUAGACCCGUCCUCAAACGCGGCCAUAAAACCCAUCGCACGCCUGCUGGGCCACCAGAAACAAGUCCUGCACGUCAGCUUCGCACCGGACGGGACGCGUAUCGCGUCGGCGAGCUUCGAUAACAGCGUGAAGCUGUGGGAUGCACGCGACGGCAAAUUCAUCACCACACUGCGCGGCCACGUCGGCGCGGUGUAUAUGGCUGCGUGGUCGAGUGAUUCGCGGUUACUGGCGUCCGCAAGUAAAGACACGACGGUCAAGGUGUGGGAUGUCCGGGUGGGCAAACUCAAAGAGGAUCUUCCCGGGCACAAAGAUGAGGUAUUUGCGCUGGAUUGGAGUCUUGACGGCAAGUGUGUGGCUAGUGCGGGGAAGGACAAGGUUGUCAAACUGUGGAAGCAUUGA